AUGGCGGAAUUCACGCUUGUAACAACACACGACCGACUCGAUCUCUGUCCGCAAGUCGCAACACUGAUCAACAGCAUGUGGCCAAUGUCAAUCUACGCAAGACGAGCCAUGCUCGAGCGAUCGCAUCCAUUGCUACCGUGCUCGCUUGUGCUCCUGGCCAAGAACCUGCCGGAUCUCGCACAGGAGGCGCCGCCAAUUGACCGCUUGACCACGGAUGGUCAGACCAUUCUCGGCCACUGUCGCGUCAUGUCGCUCGGGGGUCCCAAAGGUGUGCUAUUUGAAAUUGUGGUCGUCGACGAACAACAUCGAGGCAAAGGAUUUGGAAAGAUUCUCAUGCAAAAAGCAGAAGAGUAUAUGAAGGCAGCUGGGAAAGCAAUAGUCUAUCUCAAUACCACGGACAAACAGGCAUUCUACGAGCACCUUGGGUAUCAUGUCUGUGAUCCCGUCACUUCUGGCGUAUUUGGCGGAAAAGUUCAGACACUCGAUCAAACACCAUCAACAGAACCAAAGUUGGUUUGGCUCAAGAAGGAGCUGUGA